AUGGUCUACAAGCCACCCAGCACUGGACUCAUAUCUAAGCUGCCAUCGUCAUGGAUCCCCUAUGCAGAACUGAUCCGCCUUGACAAGCCGGCCGGGACGUACUACCUAUUCUUUCCAUGUCUGUUCUCAACACUCCUUGCAGCUCCCAUGGCCUCGCCCCUGGCCUCCCCUUUCGAAAUUGUAUCAACAACAGCUCUGUUCUUCACCGGUGCCCUUAUUAUGCGAGGGGCUGGCUGUACAAUCAAUGAUCUCUGGGAUCGGAAUUUGGAUCCCCAUGUGGAGCGGACCCGGCUACGACCCAUUGCUCGAAAAGCGAUAUCGGUGGAGAACUCGAUUGUCUACCUCGGCGCGCAGCUACUUGCCGGCUUGACCCUUCUCUUACAGUUCCCACUGCCAUGCUUGUACUAUGGCGUUCCAAGUCUUCUCCUUGUCACCAUAUAUCCCUUAGCAAAGAGGGUAACACAUUACCCUCAAUUCGUCCUGGGCUUGACUUUCUCUUGGGGUGCAAUCAUGGGAUUCCCUGCUCUGGGCAUCGAUCUCCUGUCCAACAUAGCGGCCUUGUCUGCCGCUGCGUCGCUAUACGCUAGCUGCGUCGCAUGGACACUUGUCUAUGACAUGAUCUAUGCAUACAUGGACAUCAAAGACGACGCCAAGGCCGGCAUCAAGUCGAUUGCCCAAGCACAUGCCCAUAAUGCGAAGACGGCUUUGUCGGUCUUCUCAGCAGCCCAGGUUGGGCUUCUUGUGACGGCGGGAUGCUUUGCUGGAGCGGGGCCUGUAUUCUUCGUGGGAAGCUGCGGUGGUGCAGCGUUAACCCUUGCGACAAUGGUCUGGCGGGUGAAUUUGCAGGACGUCAAGAACUGUUGGUGGUGGUUUGUCAAUGGAGCACUGCUCACGGGCGGUGUGAUCUCAUUCGGGUUGUUAGGCGACUACGCCUCUCGGCGGACUAAUGAAGAGUCAAAGAGUAUCCCGCAAGUCAUCCUUGCCUGA